UUACCAACACCAUCAGAGGAAGAGGUAUCUAGGAAACCAAAGGAAGCUUUUCCACACCAAGGUAGCCUCUCCAUCUCUCAGGUCUUGGGUAUGGGGAUGCGGUUGCAGCCCCAGUGUCUGCAGCUGGACUCCGUACUGCAGACAGUGAGUGUCCUGGAGGCAGUGAUCCGGAGGAGCUUUGGUCCUGAUGGAGGACAGGUGCUGUUCACACGGGACACGGGGCAAACUCUGCUGACACGCCACGGAACACGCAUCCUCACAGCCCUGCGGGUGGAACACCCGCUGGCCAGGAUGGUGGUGGAGUGUGUGAGGAGACACAGCUCGGUGACAGGAGACGGCUCCAAGACCUUCGUCCUGCUGCUCGCCUCAUUGCUACGGGAGAUACAGAAACACACCCGAAAAGCCCGCUGGGAAGGCGCAGGUGCCAAGCGUUUGGCUGGAGCUCUGUUGGACUUCGGAUUGGACGAGCUCAGUGAUGUCAUCACUGUUGGAGUGGCUCCACAUGGCUCCUCCCUUUCAGACCCACAAACCCCAGGACAAACAGACACACACACUCUGUGCCGCCUACUCAGUGCUUUCCUUCACACCCGGAUCAGCCCUACUCMUGCUGAARUCAUCAGCCRACUGAMCUGUGAGCUGCUCUCSCAUUGGAKYUGCCAUGGCGACUUCRUWAACGAACACUUCCCUGCUCUGCACACAGCAGUAUCAGGCUUCCCUAUUGGCUGUUCCCGUCUGCUGGAGGGCCAGGUCAUACAUGCAGAUUUCUCUACACCCCUCCCAUUCCGCGACCAUGGACCAAUCAGGGCCCUUGCGGUGACGGAACCCCUGGAACCCAGCCUACUGAUUGGUGGAACUGUACUGGAGCUGGGUGGGGCUAAUAGAGGGAUAGAAAGUGUGUGUGUGAGAUCAGAGCGGGGGUUAGACAGCGUGUGUCACCCUACAGCAUCUAGGAGUGUCUCUGCUCCUCUCAUCAGUCAGACAGUCRGAGGCCUUCCUGGCUGCAGUGGGGAGGUACAGUGUGUGUGUUUGUUAGAGUGUGUGUGUGUGAAGACGACCUUACCUUGUUCUCUGUGCUCAGUGGAGCCCAGCCUGUCUCAGACUGGGCCGUGAUUGGACAGGAACAUGUUGCUACGGCUACCUUCUGCCAGCCGCUGGUGCCGGGAGCUCACAGGUUCGUCAAUGUGGGGUUUCUAAGGCAGAGGACAGGGGCAGACCCCACAGUCUGGUUGUGUGUGGACAGACAGAGGGCCAGGUGGAACAGAGURUAUGUGCUGUACGAGAUACUCGACACAUGCUGCAUACUACCUGGGGGCCCAAACACAGGACUAGAGCUACAGAAAGAACCGCUUACACACACACACAGACACACACACAAACACACACACAGACGUGAUGGAGCCUUGUUGUGUCAUUUCCGUGGGCAGGACUUUUGACUUCCUGUUACACCACACCCUCCUACAGCACACACUCCGUCAAACACAGACACGCACACUCCGUCAAACACAGACACGCACACUCUGUCACACUUGGAUACCCCUGCCGCCUCGGGGAUGACUGCAGAGGCCCAACUGAGUGUGCCCAGACAGAUCUACUCCCACAAUCCUUGGCGCUACCUUGAGGCUCUCGCACACACUCUCAGCUGCAUACGUAACCAUGGUAUCUCCCCGGACCCGCCGGAGACAGUGCUGUUCUGGUAGCGGAUGGUUCUAAUCUGGUCCAGGCUGACACUAGUUCAGGAUCUAUGUCUGGGUCAGGAUCUGGGUCAGGGGUAAAGGAGGUGACGGUUUGGUCAAGCUCUGGCGCUAGUUCAGGUGUGGAGUCAGUGUCCUGUAAGUUUCAUCUGAUCCUGGMUGUUCUACAGUGUCUCAGGAGUCUACUGUCUGUGGACACUGUACUACACACUAAUACCUCACACACCUGUCAGAGAGAAGAGGAGGAGGGUGACGACUGAGAACUCAUACUUGAUUUUGUUUCAUUGUUCAUCCAAAAGUUUUGUAUUACAUUUUUGAAAAAGUAAUCUCCUUGUGUAGUAUGUCUUUGCAUAUGAAUUUCUAUGUUAAUAAAUCCGAUUUGAGUAAA